CAUUUCUCUUGCGGCCGUUUUCUAGUUAAUAAGAGUUUGUAGGUCUCAAACGGAGGACGGAACGUUGGGGAAGGUAUCGAAAAUUGUGCUUGUAGUAUAAGUUAUACGUGGGUAAUUUUAGGUUAAUAACUGGAUGUAUGUGUUCCACUUGACCCGGAAGUUUAACAAUGGAUCGUUAUUGACAACAAUUAGAUUUUGUAAGUAGUCUAAAUAGUAGCUAACGUGCGUUUGAACUGCAUGGGUGGUAUGCGUUACUGAAAUGACACACCAUAAGAAAUGUGACACCAAAUGCAUUUGCAGGGAAAGGGCCUAUGCAAGAAACAUAACAGGCCAAGUCGUAAAUGAAAAGUACGGUGAAACUAGAAAGAGAAACAAGUUAGUAAUGUUAUGCAGAGUAGCGUAACCCAAAAAAUAAGCGCUUCCAAACAUUUUGCAUGCUGUUUACGAUUGUUAUGGAGCAUUCGCUACGCAUCUGGCCCUGUAGCUUUGCUGCCCGUUGGCUUUUCUCGCAAUCUGGUGUUAUUUCUAACAUUACAAAGAUGCUUAUAGUCCAUCUCGUUCUACGCAUAAAAGCAAAAGCGGAGUAGAACAAGGUUUCAGUCGACAUUCAGAACUCGCUUUCAUCACUCACUCGCUAAUGGUUUGCUAAUGGGCCAUUUCUUUAGUUAACUAACUAUCGUUUUUGUUAACCGUUUCUCUUUCGAAUUAGUAUCUGAUCGUUUAGCAGUGUUCAAUUUCAAAAUUUAAAAGAGAUGCUUUUGAGCAAUGAUCCGGCUCGAAUGUGAUAACACUUUCUUAAUUGAUAGAUCCCACUUAGAAGUAUAACUUGCACCAGCUUACACAUUCCUCUGUAUGUCUGCAGCCAAGUAGGACUUGCUUGUUGGAAAAGGAAAUCCACCUGAAAAUUAUUCAACACGAAUUUAGACAUAUGGAAAGGCUGUCUACAAUCGCACAGCUAGUGUCUUUUCGAUUGAUUCUCGUUGCUGUUUUGAUAACUUGGAUUUCACCAACGCUAUGUAAAACUAUUCACCAUCAGCACACAACUAAAUUAUGCGGUCUCUAUGCGUAUGAGGGAGACAACAUAGCGUUCCGUUGCCCAGAAAAGUUGGAAUUUCCAAUGGCAGACCGAUUCCAUCCCACUGUUGAAUGGUACUUCAAUGAUGGAAUUAUGGAUAGAAAAAACCAUCGAAGACUACGCUUCUCGAUCCGUCGAAACUCCAUUCACAUCGAUAAUGUUCAACGGGAAGAUGAAGGUGUCUGGGCUGCAAGACCGCGUUCUCCAGAGCAAUUCCAGCACGAUAUUAGUGAUUCUCGUUCAAAGACGUUGGCUACCUGUAAUUUCACGCUAGGAGUUCUAGAAAAUCCCAAAAAUCCUAGAUCACCUCCUAGAGACAGUCAAAUUUGGACGUCAGCCUGGGAAGGAAAAUCAUUUGAGCUUGUGCAGGAAAUAAAAGAUCUCCCAUUCAUUGAAAGUGACCGCAGUAAUUUAUCGUUCCAGAAUAGACGAAUUGGCGAACAAAAAAAAGGUCUGCGAUUGAUAGCGAAACGUAUUGGAGAGUCGUUGGCCCUUAAAUGUCCUAGUUAUGAUUAUAGAUCCUCUUCGCAGCCGAUAAUUGAAUGGAGAAAAAAUGGGAAAACAAUUCGGCGUUCGAAAAAUCGAAAUCAAUGGCUGCUAAAAAUUCAAGCGUUAAAAAAAAAAGAUUCCGGCGAAUACGAAUGUGUUAUAUCUAAUAUCCACAACAGUGCGAAUUUUACCUUCCACUUAACAGUGCUACGUAAAGAUGCCUUGCUGAAACCGAAAUUGUUGGGAACGCAGAACGUGACAGUCCGGGUUGGAGACACUGCCCGUCUCAACUGUAACAUGGCAUCUCGGGAUCGCGGCUUUUCCACUGUCGAGUGGCUACUCCAGACCAGUAUCAAUGGAUCCAAUGUCGACUCUACGGGGGCUCCCUUUUUUGAAAUUCUAGAUGUAGAUUAUUCCGACGGGAAAGAUAGACGAGUUCUUUCGAUAGAGAACGUCACGUAUGAAGACGACGGAAAAUACUUUUGUGUGGUGAAAAACCAGCAUGGAACAUUCGUUCAAAGUUCUUGGCUAAUCGUAGGUGACGUAGAAGAUAUCUUUUUUAACGAGUUUACUUACCAAGUUUCCACGGUCGGCUCAGUGUGUGGGGUUGUUUUUAUAUUAUCUAUUGCUAUUCUCUUCGUGUUAGUCAGGUCAAAGUGCAGACGCCAAAGGGAAAGACGAAGAGCUGAUACUCGUAACAAAUCUCCUAUUCUGAACAAGAGAGAAACUAAUUCACUGUCAAAAGAUUCGCCAUGUGAAGCAAAAGCUGUAGCCCUGCAGGCCUCUCUUUUACCAGAACUAAAUAAAAAUCAACCAAAUAAUUAACAGGCUAAAUAGCAACAACAAACGAGCAGUCAUUGGAAGUUGUAUGCCCACGAAUAUUCGCUCUGAUAUUUUUUUAAAAUGUGGAUUCCCAUUUGCCUAUUUGUUUUCCAAAAAGUAUCGAAUAACAAUAAAUCCACGGUCGUGGGUCAUCUUCAAUA